AUGGGUGCUGCCCUUUUUGAACUUUCUGAACCUUUCAUCCUCCCACUUUUGAUGGCAUUCUCUAUAAGCUCACUGGAUAUUACAAUAUUCACAAAGUCCUUCGUGGCACUUCUCACUAGUAUUAGGGCGGUGGAGCAGAGAGUGGGUGAAUGGUGGGUGGGGCUGACAGAGGUGAUGGGACAGAAGCGGCGGCAAAGGGGGGGAAAGCUAGGAUUUUGGGUUAUUGGUUGGGUCUUGGGUCUGAAAUGGGAUUUGGGUGUGGGUCUUGGUUUAUUGGGCAUAAUCGACUUUUUGGAGAAAGCUGAUUAUGAGGAUGGUAGACCAAUGAGCCAUGAACUCCUUGCUGUUUUAUUAAUCGGGCUCUUCAUUGCGGGUCGUGAAACUACAUCUCGAGCGGCUAUAUGGGCCACUAUCUAUCUCCAUAAUCAUCCCCAUCUGUUGCACAAGGCCAAGGAAGAGAAAGAGGAAAUCGUGAAAAGAAGACCUUCUUCCCAGAAAGGUUUAACCUUCACCGAAAUUAAACAAAUGAAAUAUCUAUCCAAGGAUUUUAUACCCAAAGCAGGGGCUUUUCUACCCUUUUCAACAGGAAGUAGUACCUGUCCUAGAGCUGAUCUGGCCAAACUUGAAGUCACCAUUUUCCUUCAUUAUUUCCUGCUCAACUAUAAGCUUGUACAACUUAAUCCAGGAGGUCCUGUUAAUUAUUUCCCUUCACUAGAUCCAGUUGACAACUGUCCUGCCAAAAUCAUUAAGAUCCGUUGA